AGGAAUCAAUAUAAUGUUUAUCAUGCAAUUGAAUAAACUCGUGGACAUUUCUAAAACAAAAAAAUAAUAAUUAAAACAAAAAGUCACGACGCAUCAACCUUCAGGAGCAUUGCCCCUCAGCCCGAGAGAGUCCAGACCCACCCCUCACUGUCUGCCAUGACCGUCCUCUAUAAUACCAUACAGGAUUCUUUGUACCUCCCCCUUUCUCGCCCUCAGUCAGUGCAUCCCAGCUUCCCUAUUCUAGAUAUCCAUCCCACACCUCUCCACCCGCUGAAACGGCUCCUACAGGGAGACAGAUAUUCACCGCAAGAAUACUAAUUAAAAAAAAAAAACAGACAAGGCUGAACUGUUUCAAACACACCGAGUCGCACUUCUGGCGCUCCUUCUUUCAUUUGCUUUCCUCUCCUUGACGGACUUCAUCACUUCAGAGCUCCGCGCGCGCCAAUGCCUGAGACCACGCAGAAGCGACGGAUUUCUGCCUCUCGAGCAUGAGAAGGAUUGGCAAAGCGUCCGCAAUCCAACCUCGCCACCAGCAUGAGCACUGGAUACAUACGCUCCAGCAGAAGUUGUUGGCUCGACAACUAACGACGCCUUGGACCGCGAAUACACCUAGAAGAGGGGAGAGUCAGUUUUAGGUCUCCACAUAAUGGAGCGAGAAUGAACAGAGAGCGGCUUAAGAAAAAGCAUGAACUGGAGGUUUAUUGAGGUCAUCUGCUUCCUGUUUAUAUGGGACCAUAUAACAGUUCAGUCUUCCCGCCAGGACCUGUUGGCUGCUGAGCAACAUGUCGCCAAGCAGUAUGACUGGCUCAUCUCGGACCGCGGACCUUUCCACCACUCUCGGAGCUAUCUGUCCUUUGUGGAAAGAUUCCGCCAAGGAUUUACGACCAGAUAUAAAAUUUAUAGGGAAUUUGCACGUUGGAAGGUGAGAAACACUGCAAUCGAGAGACGGGACCUCAUUCGGAACCCCCUGCCACUCAUGCCUGAGUUCCAGCGCAGCGUUCGCUUGCUGGGCCGCAGACCCACAACUCAGCAGUUCAUCGACACCAUCAUUAAGAAAUAUGGAACCCACAUCCUCAUUUCAGCCACCCUGGGAGGGGAGGAGGCACUGACUAUGUACCUGGCAAAGAACAAGCUGGAYAGAAAGCUUGCAAACGCUACCCAGAAUGUAGAAGCCCUCCAUCAGCUGGCCUCAUCCUACUUCAUUGACCGUGAUGGCACGAUGAGGAAGUUGCAUGAGAUCCAGAUUUCUACCAAUGCUAUCAAGGUGACGGAGACACGGACAGGGCCGCUGGGAUGUAGUAGCUAUGACAAUCUGGACUCAGUCAGCUCGAUCCUCCUGCAGAGCCCCGAGAGCAAGCUUCAUCUGCAAGAUGAGUUCAAGUCAUUCCUGAAGAGGCUCCCCUCGACUCAUUUCCUGCCCAUCAGCAGUGUUCAUCUUCUGUGGGGCAGUGACUGGGACCUGCAGGCCCGUUACAGACUCCUUCAGAGUUCCCUAGAGAUCCAGCGGCUCAAGAUCCAGCGCACCGCCCGCAAGCUCUUUAGCCUCAGCAUCCGUUGUCACCACAAUCCCAGCCACCAGAUGCCUAGGGAGAGGCAGUUGCUGGGCCCAGUCACUUCUUCUUCUGAAAGAUCUGUGAUGCAGUGGCUCAACAGGGUUCAGUCCUUCCUGUACUGCAACGAGAAUGGGUUUUGGGGGACCUUUCUGGAAAGCCAAAGGACAUGCGUGUGCCACACAGGAGUCACUCUGUGCCAGCGACCUAUUCCAUGUGUCAUAGGUGGCAACAACAGCUGUGCCAUGUGCAGCCUGGCCAACAUCUCGCAGUGUGGCUCCUGUAACAAGGGCUACAAGUUAUACCGCGGUCGCUGUGAGCCUCAGAAUGUGGACUCAGAACGUAGCGAGCAGUUCAUUAGCUUUGAAACCGAUUUGGACUUUCAGGACUUGGAGCUAAAGUACCUGUUACAGAAGAUGGAUUCACGAUUGUACAUUCACACCACUUUCAUUAGUAAUGAGAUCCGGCUGGAGACAUUCUUUGACCCACGAUGGCGUAAGCGCAUGUCUCUGACUCUGAAAAGUAAUAAAAACCGGAUGGACUACCUCCACAUGAUAAUCGGUCUGUCGAUGAAGAUCUGUCAGAUGAGAAAUAGCAGUAUUGAUCCCAUGUUUUUUGUCUAUGUCAACCCAUUCAGUGGCAGCCAUUCAGAAGGCUGGAGUAUGCCCUUUGGUGAACAUGGUUACCCACGAUGGGAAAAGACACGACUGCAAAACUCCCAGUGCUUCAACUGGACUCUUCUGUUGGGCAACAGGUGGAAGACCUUCUUUGAGACGGUGCACAUUUACCUGCGUAGUCGUGCCAAGAUUCCAACGGGCCUCCGCAACGAUACAGGGCAGGGUCCAGUGGAUCUUGCAGACCCUAACAAGCGGCAGAUCUACAUCAAAAUCUCUGACAUCCAGGUGUUUGGUUACAGCCUGCGCUUUAAUGCUGACCUGCUCCGUAGUGCCGUACAGCAGGUUAACCAGUCGUACACGCAAGGAACUCAGUUCUACUCAUCCUCGUCCGUCAUGCUCUUGCUCUUGGACAUUAGGGAUCGGAUCAACCGUUUAGCGCCUCCUUCUGCACCUGGCAAACCCCAGCUGGACCUUUUCUCCUGUAUGCUAAAGCACAGGCUGAAACUGAACAACAGCGAGAUGAUUCGAGUGAACCAUGCAUUGGACAUGUACAGCACAGAGAUACUAAAACAAUCAGAUCACCUGACUGCUAAACUCUGUUGAGCAUAACAUUAACACAAGGACAAGAAAUUAAAGAAACAUCCAACUUAACUAUGAGGGAAUGUUAAUUUAAUUUAAUUUAAUUUUUUCCCUUUUCAUUUUUUGACCUUUUCUGCCUUUUGAUGUAAUAUUAACUUUGUAAGUAUAAUUCUUAAAAAAAAUAAAAAAGAAAGAGGAAAUGCCAUUGAUGAAAAGCUGUUUUGGCAGAUAAAGAAGAUCAGUGGAAACAUUACAAAGACUGUAUCAUAUUUGUCCCAGCAUGUCUGUACUUCCCUUAAAGAACUUAAAAGAGAGAGUGGAAAAAAAAUAUAUAUUAAAUCUGUGUACUGGUGAAAAGGAGGCCUUGAUUAUAAUCUAAGGGAUCAAAGGUUAUUAUAUCUGAAACUGCCAUUCUUUAUUGAGGAAAAAAAUACAUUUUUAAAGGAACAUGAAAAAGAAACACAAGAGCAGAGAAGAUAUCAUUUUAUUUCACCAAACUUGAAGGAUAUUUCAGACAUUAUGACAGUUUAGUAUUAAAAUGUUUAUACAUUGUAAGGAAUAAAUAGGUCUAGUGAAUAAGUAGUCACUACAUUACUUAUAAACUCUUUAUUAUGUUUCAGACCCACAGUAAAUCUGCAUUGCUCUCUGUGAGUUAUUCAGCAUUCUGUCAUUGUUCUGACACAAAAGGCGCACAGCAGGGCAGUAAUGGAUAUUCAUGUCAAGUAACAAAAGCCAGCUGUUUAUAUAUACAUAUAUGUGGGUGAAUGUGUGUAAGUGUGAGAGGGCAUGUCUGUAUUUUUUUCCUUCUAUUUUUUUUUCCCGUUUUGGCUUAAUGCGUAGUGCUGUUUGUUAAUUGAAUGUGUCACUUGAGAUCGACCCCUGUCUUUGCAGAAUUUUGCAUUUCGAGUGCUUUUUCACCCCCUUGUGUUUGAAAUUCCAGCUGUUGUCUCUUUUUCUUUCUUUCUUUCUUUCUUUCUUUCUUUCUUUCUUUCUUUCUUUCUCUCACAAGGCAGUACCUCCUGGUGCGUGAAUGCAAUAUUGUGGUCUGAAGAUUUAACAAUCAAUGCUAUUUUGUACAGCUUUGCAAAAUGUACAUGUUGUGACUGCUGAUUUGUGGAGCUUUUAAGCACCAAGAGCAAAGUGUAAAGCAUUCAUCGUUCAGGCACAUUUGCAAGACAACUUAAAGCCAUACACUUCUCUGAGGUAUAGACAUACAGUAUGUCAUAAAGUUCAUUCUGACUUGUUCCAUUCAUAUGUCUUUGUUUCAUUCUCUCAAAUGAUUUCAGAUAAGAGCACAGCAAAAAGUAAAAUGACCCGGGAACGCAUACUGUAUUAUCUUGACCGAGAUUGUGUUGUAAAGCCAUUGAAUUUGUAUUUUGUGCUGCAGGAAAAAGAAGACAAAGACAAAGAAGAAAAAUCUUAUAUUAAAGCUUAUAAUACCUUUUUGGCAGUGUUACUCUGUAAGCUUUUGAUGACCAUGUGUAAAAAUGUCAUUUUCUUUUGAGAUAUAAAAUUUAACAUCCUCUGCAUGUUGCUGACGAGCAAAAAAGGAGCUGCAACUUUGUUCAACACUCAAAUCAUCAAACUGAAACAUGAAACACUACCUAUGUAUGGAUGGUAACACUUGAUUUGGGUAAUCCAAUACUGAAACAUCUUUAGUAUUGUAGUGUUCAUCACAGGUCUUAUCAGCUACUAGAUAUUGAAGAAAAGAAGGACAAAAACUUAUGCAACUCAUUUAUUGCAGACAUUGGUAAGUUAACACAGGAAAUCAAAAGUAUAUUUAUUGCUGUGUUACCAGCACUAAAACGUUUUCUUUCCUCUGAGGCAAAAUUUGCUUUUACAUUAUUAUUGAAGAAGCAAAUGUUGUGUUAAUCAACAGCUGAAAAUUGUGGGCCUAUUCAGUUUAACAAUACACAGCCUGAGACAACAAAAGCUCAGCUUUGUCUUUUGUUUAAACCUAUACUGCGGUGCUUGCAUCAGAACAUUCAAAUAAUUGUCAACUGGAACUGGAACUGAAAAGCAUUAGCACAAAAUGCACGAUGCUAUGUUUUAUUUGACACACAGUAACUUUAUGCUUGUGCUAGCUUUGUUUUUUGAGCAAUCCGGUGUAUUCACACAUACUGUACAUGGAAUGAAAUCUAUUGAGUGUGAAUCAUUGAAUAAUCAUUCUCAGUAUUUGCCAAAUUACUUUUGUGAUAAAGCAAUGCUAAUACAACCACAGCAAAACAUUGACAGUAUAUGUGCUGUUGUUGGGUGUUUAUGCAUGUUAAAUUGUUGUCUUCGUAGUCGAUAUGGAGUCAGAUGUGCAAACUGUUUUCAAAAGGCAGUAACUAGUGUGACAAUCAAAAACAUAUUUGGCUUUUCCUCCAGGUACACAACUUGCUGUUUGUGGUUAAAAAUAUUCUGUGACAAAGCAUUUGCUAUGCAAGUAAGUCAAGAUUCUACACGAUGUAUUUUGUGAAAUGACUGAUGUUCCCAUAAGAAGACAGAGCUGAGCUGACAAACUAACAGAACUCUUAAAAGACCUCUUAAAGGUCAGAACCAUGAACGUUAUGUUAUUUUCUUGAUUGUCAAGUAUCAGUAUUGGAUUAUCCAAAUUAAAUUAUUAUUAUUAUUAUUAUUAUUAUUAUUAUUAUUAUUAUUAUUAUUAUUAUUAUUAUUAUUAUUAUUAUUAAGUGCCUGUUAUCAGUCCCUUUAAUCUGUUCAGAGUUUAAAAAAAAAGCUUAAAUUUCCUUAAAGUAAUGACUUUGAAUAGUUCCAGGAUUUAGGACCCUACCUUUUAUUCAAACAUAUUCUCCUGGCACCUCUGGUACACUACACCUGGAAGGAGGUUUGUGCAUGAGGGGUAACUGACCACCAGGCAAAAACAACAAAUAUUAAAUUAACGGUGGMUAUUUUUUUCUCCCUGUUGUACAAUAUAUGUGUAAAUAGGAUCUCCAUUGCAGUAACAAUGCUGUGCUACCGCAACACUAUCAUAAACUAUCAGUAUUAAAAGGGAAUUUWAAAAAAACCCUCCAAAUAAAUUAGCACAAAAUACUGGGCACUCAUGUUUUAUGUACUGAAUUUGGUUCAUGACCAUCUCUGACUUUUUUUUUAUUGUUGUAUAUUGCAUUCAGUUUUGAGCCACAUAAAUGGUCCAUAAAACAAGCACAUUUAUUCGUAUGGCAUUAUGCUACCACAGUGUUGCUUACUGUACAUGUAUUCAUAAAUUUGUCUGAGCGUUUUUACACCUAAUACCUUGCCUAUGUAUUUUUUUGCUUUUCUGUUGAGAUUAUUAUAUCAGCUAAUUUUAAAUGAAUGUUUCAUAUAAUAAUCUAUUUCUCAUUAAAAUGUUAUAUUUAAUAAGAA